CCCCUCCUUCCUUUCCCCCCGAAACUCUCGCGCGCUUGUUGUUGCCGCGCUCGCGCUCGCUUUUUAUUUUAAUGGCUUGCUUAAAGCUGAAAAUUUCUCCCAGUCCCAAAUCCCGUUAAACAUCACCAGAAUUGAUUCCUGCAGCCUGACGUUAAUGGCAGCGUGUCGCCGAGCGUUUCCCAGCGCCGUGUCACGAAUAUUUUGUGAGCACGAGCGCUGAUGCUAGCCUCUUGUUGUUGUUGUUGUUGUUGUUGUUGUUAGCUAGCAGCCAGGUUGCUCACUCGGCUAGCUAAUUAUGGAUGCCUGCCUGGCUAGCUAGGGGUUCAUAAACGUCUAGCUUGUUUGUUUGUUUUUGUUUUUGUUUGUUUUAUGUGCAUUUAGGGAGUAAAGUCAAGGCUGAGAGCUCUUUAUUAGGGUUUUUAUUUUAUUAUUUUGGCUCAGGAUGAGUAGGAAACAUCACCACUACAAAGGAGCUGAAGUGAGCUGCUGCGUCAAAUAUUUUCUCUUCGGCUUUAAUAUUAUAUUUUGGUUGCUGGGAGCAGCGUUCCUGGCAAUCGGACUGUGGGCAUGGGCUGAAAAGGGCGUACUGUCGAACCUGUCGUCCAUCACGGACCUGGGCGGCUUCGACCCCGUCUGGCUCUUCAUUGUAGUCGGAGGGGUGAUGUUCAUCCUCGGCUUCGCAGGCUGCAUUGGCGCUCUGAGAGAAAACACCUUCCUGCUCAAAUUUUUCUCCGUGUUCUUAGGUCUGAUCUUCUUCCUGGAACUCACAGCUGGAAUCCUGGCCUUCGUCUUCAAAGACUGGAUCAAAGACCAGCUGAACUUCUUCAUCAACAACAACGUCAAAGCGUACCGAGACGACAUCGACCUGCAGAACCUCAUCGAUUUCGCCCAGGAAUACUGGUUGUGCUGCGGUGCCCACGGGCCGGACGACUGGAACCAGAACAUCUACUUCAACUGCACAGAGCUGAACCCGAGCAGAGAGCGCUGUGGAGUUCCCUUCUCCUGCUGUGUCAAAGACCCGGCUGAAGAUGUUCUGAACACCCAGUGUGGAUACGACGUGCGGCUCCAAGCAGAGCUGGAUCGGCAGAGGUACAUCUACACUAAGGGGUGUGUGGGGCAGUUUGAGAAGUGGCUGCAGGACAAUUUGAUCGUCGUGGCCGGCAUCUUUGUGGGCAUCGCGCUGCUACAAAUAUUUGGCAUCUGCCUCGCCCAGAAUCUGGUGAGUGACAUCAAAGCGGUCAAAGCCAACUGGUGACGCCCACCGGCGGAUGGAGAGGUGAAGCCCAGUGACCUCUAUGUGUGUGUUUUUUAAAUUUUAACCCACCAUCGAGCGGAGAUCCGUGUUCUCCCGGAGCUUUACACGCACACUGACAUUCCGAACAAACUGACUAGUUUCUUCUUCUUUUUUUUUUUUGUUCUUAAUGGGAGAAUGCAGUCAAAAAAAAAACAACAGGGAGGCGGAGCCUCUCUCUAUAAAAAGCGUGUGGGCUCAUGCUCUUUUCUUCAGCCUGUGGAAACUUUCUGGCUCCUAUGCACUUGCGGAGAGAGACGGAUCUGUACAAAGCCUUAUUCCGAUGCACGCCGCGUGGACGAGUUUCCCGCUCUUCUCGCUCCGGAUGGAAACGGAGACUUUCCAGACGGCUCGUCUCUUUCAUCCGCUGCAGUCAAAGGGAUGGAGGACGUUUCGUAAAAGCCGCGUGAUUUAGCUCGACGGGAUCCUCCGUUAAUAUCCGGCUUCCGAGUCUCUUUUAAAAAAAAAAAAAUUAUUUUUUUGUAUGUAAUUAUUUUUUGUUCAGCUAGAAUAUAAAUAGUGAUAUGCUAACGUUAAACAGAUCCUGUCACAAUAUGAACAAUGCUGCUUUAACUCGUAGAGGAUUAUAGACUAUACAUUAUACUAACCAAGUAAUAUUUUUCAUUUUUAAACCAAGAGGGAGAGUCCACUGAAAUUCAGUUCAAGAGCCAACCACUAUGAUAUAGCCUUCACCUCCAUCACGUCUGUCCUUCUUCCUGCUGCCUGCCCUGCUCCCGUACGCACAACCGCAGGUCCUUACCCGUAACCACAUGCACAUGAUUCGUCCAUCUUGGAUACGGUCAAACAAAAAAAUUCCUGGCAAGUUUACAAAAGGUGCCACAGCUCUGAUUUUCUUAAUGCUCACACACGUCUGUGUCGAAGGCUGACAUUUACCCGAGCUCGUUUAUGGCAUAACUGAUUAACAAUUAGCCCCGCCCAUAAGAUCCCGUAAAAGGAAAGUUCAACAAAGGAUGAAAACGGAAACUAAACGGUGAAAGAGCUCCUACAAUAAUGCAGCUCAGCCAAUGCACCACCUCGGCUACUUAUAGACGCCUCCUCCUUUUAUAGGGCGCCAUUAAUUUUGUCUCUUAGUUGUCUUUCGAUCACCUAGUUACUAUGGAACGAUUAGGUUUCACAAGUUUCCAUAGGAUACGGAAACAUUUUCCGAACAGAAUUUUCUCAAAUAUUACAUUAGUGGUUUCCUGGAAACGAUUUACGAAGAAAUCUUCGAAUUUGAUCAGAGACCCAGCAUUCACUCAUAUAAUGUGUAUAUAGUGUCUGAGGGUCUGAUAGUGAAGAAUAAAGGAAGCAUAUUGCCAUCAGAUUAGCGUAGUCUACAUCAGCACACAUACACAGUAAUUCAGGAAGCGCUAUGAAACGACAUACAGCUUUUACCAGUUAGCUUUUAAGGAAGAAUUAUUAUAGUCAGGAGUCAAAAAGAAACUAAUCAUCAAUUCCAUCCAUCCAUCCAUCCAUCUAUCCAUGACCUGGAGAUAUUGUGAAUGAUUUGCUUAUUACAGGUUUAAUAACACCUCAUAUAAUUAAACGUUAUCAAACUUGUCUAUUCCUCACCGCUAGCUGCACUACCUCCGUCUUGGUCAGGCUCUGGUUAGGGGCGUGGCCUGGAAUUUAAAGUGUGCUGAGGAAUACGGAUCCAGCUUGAGCACUGCUUGGUGGAAAAGUGUUAUAGCCGCCUACGUGCACGGUAUGUAGGGUUAUAGACGAGGCAAUACAGUCGUGACUAGCAUGAGAAAAAUUCUCCGAAGGAGAAACGGAGAUUUGUAUUAGUGGCUGACAGAAAACCGUUCGUCCUGUAGUCGGGAGAUGGAGGUGGGAGGAGCUUUCUCUCUCUCUCCGCUGUCAAUCAUGGCGACACUAGCCAAUCGUAGGCAUCUGUGUGUUCAUGUAUGCGGAAGAGAGUGGAUUUCCUCAGUUACUGCGCCCCUCCCCUACCAACAAAAACAGUGUUAGUAAUGCCAAAUGAGAAGAUUUGUUUUUCUCAGUAAUAGUCAGUAUACAUAUAUAUAUAUAUAUAUAUAUAUAUAUAUAUAUAUAUAUAUAUAUAUAUAUAUAUAUAUAUAUAUAUAUAUAUAUAAUGUUUGAUUAUUAUACACUAACAACGUUGGCACAUCUAUAAGUAUUUCUGAGGAACGUUAAACCUGUAAUAAGCAUUUUACACCAAGCUAGCCCGAGUGCUAGGAGGAGACACACAGGUCAUGAUGUAAACCGGAGGCUUUUGGUAGUAUUUAUUAUGAUAUCUAGGGACCAUGUAUACACACACACACACCUAGCUCCUAGCCAGCCUCCAUAUAGCACAACUAUAUAUAUAUAUAUAUAAAGAGAGAGAGAGAUAUUUACGUAUACGCUCAGGCAUUUCACUUCCCGAGGACUGAAGCCGUCACUCAGCAGGGACGAGUGUGUCGCAGGAGGGGUUUUAUUAAACAUGGCUGCAUGUUACCGGUGUUGGUGAAAGAGUUGAAUGUUGUGCAUGCUCUUAUUAUUAUAAUUAGGAUUAUUAUCAUUUUGUUUUAAAACUGCUCGUUUGAGAGCAUCGCGUCCGUGGCAGUUGAAGUUCUCAGCGUUCUGUCCGUCGGAGAGACGCAGACGUUUAUGCACAGGUAAAGCCAGCGCCAUUAUUCGGACCCGGGUUCAUUCCUCGACUGUUUGUUUGUUUGUUGAAGCAGAGUGGCCUUUCUUUUCUCUUUCUGUCAUUCCCACGUGGAAACCUGCGUGUCACGUAUGUACCGCGUUUCCUUCUCUCCGUGCGUGACCCGACGCUAAAUCGGAUGAUGGACAUUCCGUGUCGGUGAGUUUACUUUAUUUGUUUUCCUUAAACCUCCAGAAUUCCUAAAGGAUUAUAACUCUGGUGUAAAUUUCUAAAAUUAUAGACCGUAAUUCUGAAUGAUUGACAAGAAUGAAUGAAUGAAUGACAAGCUAAUCAUCACACUGUUAAUGAUGUAGUGGCUUUGCGCGUAGAUAUACACACUAGAGCCCUAGAUAGAUGACUGGAGUACACACUUAAAGCUACGUUCCUGCUGUGCAUAAGUAAGUGCCCCCCCAUAGACACCUUCUAUUAGAUUUAACAUGUUAAGCACAUGAGAGGAUCAGAUGUUCAUUUUUCAGACAGUAUUUUCUCAUUGUAAAGCGUUUAUUUUAUGUUUUUAGGCUCAAAGGUUUCAAAGAUCUGAUUUCGCUUGGCUUGGAGAGGAAAAAUAUUCAAAUUUUUAAUGGAAAGAAAAACAACAAUACCUGAUGAACUCACGUGAAAGUUAUGAAAUGUUUGUUUUUCCCCAUAUCGGGAAAAAAAGCUACAGCUUCACCUCUGACUGUUUAACGUCCCAGUGUUACUAUAGCAACGGUAACGUAUAAGGAAUGACUGCUGCAGUUGUAGAAAAUGAAUCCGUUUCCUCUCCGACCAAUCAGAAUCCAGAAUUCAACAGAACCACACCUCCUUCUGGUGGAAACUCCGAUAUUUCUGAUCCGAUAGAUCGAGCUAUGGAUAUAAACGUCAACCUCUGCCACGGAGUCACACCGCUGACUUUCCCCAAAACAUUUCAUAGUGCUGUUUAACUAAUCAGCUAGCUAACGUUCAUUAACAGUUCAUAAAUAUUGCGUAACACUCGACACCGUUCACGCGCUCUCAGAAAAUCGUUCGAAGCACUUCUACACAGAUAAAUGUUUACAUUUCCCGAAUCCGUUCAUCCUUUCUUAAAUCUAGGGCUCUAAUACAUCUAUCUAUGGGGUUUAGACUUUUUUUUUUUUUUUUGUCCCGGAAUGAUCCUCAGACUUUCCAAGCAGCUUUUAAACAGCGCUCUUAAAAAUUCUUAAAAAGCAAAACCGAUUCAUUUCAGGGAAUUUUCAUACGCAUAGCACCGUGUUGGAUCUGUUCACAUUUUGUUUAAAUGCUUAUUCUCAAUAUUUCUCAUUUCUGUUGCUUUGCUUUAAGCUAAAAAACUCAAUGCUAAUGGCUCCCUGGCUAGCUUUCAGUCUUUCUUAGCCGUGUUGGCGGAUUUGAUCGAGCGCCGUUUCAUAUCGUAAAGUAAAGAGUCGACCUCGGCGUGUAGCGGCGUGAUUUCCCACUGAAGUGUUGACAUCUGCAGGAUUUCCUCACUCUUCCUCAAGCUCACGAUCACGAUCACUCGACCCGAGGAAGCUCCUGUCUGUUCAUUAAUCUGUAAAUUCAGGGCAGCACAUUCAUAGAGAUGCGGUGUCUUGCGUAAGUAUUUGCCCCCUUAAACUUUUCCCACAUUGUGGAGUGUAAGAAACUGAAACUUAGUUCAUUCGGUGAUAAUGUGAAUCUACACAAAAUAGCUGCUUUAUGUUGGUAUACUGAUCAAUAUAGUUUACAGAAUUAUUUAUAAAUAAUUUUUCUUUAUUUAAAGGUCGCAUAAGUAUUCACUCACACCCCCAAACACACACACUGCUGUGAAAAUACUUCUCUAAAGUUAACAAGAGGUGCCAAUACUUUUGACCUAUUGUGUGUAGAUUCACGACACUUUAGUUGAGCAACACGUGGGGGGGGGUCAAUACUUACGCACAGCACCGCAAAUAUGGGACGUUGAGAUUCUUACGUUAAAGCGUCUAGCCAGCCGUAUAGUAGCGUCCACUCUUUAUACUAGUUAGUGUGAUGCCGCUAAUCCGAGACGGUCACGCCUUUUAGGUAAAGGUGUGAGGGGAGCCGCGGCGCUCUCGCUCUCAUCGUCACAGAAGAACUGAAAUCGUUGCUGAAAUGAUCCGAUCCACGCCUCUGGUUUGAGAAGAGGCUCUGUUUUUUUCUUUUGUUUUUUAAAGUCCAUUUAUUGACUUGAUUGUGGGACAUGGUCUGUUACACUGUAUGUUAUAUAAAAUAUGCUCCUUUUUCAUAUUCAAUAAAAGGAUUUAUGACCUUGUAGGUUC